ACUCAACUAUCCAGCAUCAACAAUAACCAUUCUCUUCACAUUCAAUUAUAUAUAUAGUUUUCAGCUAAGUUAAUUGGCACUAGCAUUAUACAAUGGCUACUUCAACAAUGGCUGUCUCUUCUCCAUCAUUGGCUGGUCAGGCAAUCAAGCUUGCCCCCUCCAUUCAGGACACUGGAAGGAUCACCAUGAGAAAAACAACCACCAAAUCCAAACCCGUUUCUUCUGGAAGUCCAUGGUACGGCCCAGACCGUGUCAAAUACUUGGGCCCAUUCUCAGGUGAGUCCCCAUCCUACCUCACUGGUGAAUUCCCAGGCGACUAUGGUUGGGACACUGCCGGACUUUCUGCUGACCCAGAGACAUUUGCGAAAAACCGUGAACUUGAGGUCAUUCACAGUAGAUGGGCCAUGUUGGGAGCCCUAGGCUGUGUCUUCCCCGAGCUCUUGGCCCGCAACGGUGUGAAGUUUGGUGAGGCUGUGUGGUUCAAGGCCGGGUCCCAAAUUUUCAGUGAAGGUGGACUUGACUACUUGGGUAACCCGAGCCUAGUCCAUGCACAAAGCAUUCUCGCAAUCUGGGCCACCCAAGUUAUCUUGAUGGGUGCCGUUGAAGGUUACCGUAUUGCUGGUGGGCCACUUGGUGAGGUGACUGACCCACUGUACCCAGGUGGCAGCUUUGACCCAUUGGGCCUUGCUGACGACCCAGAAGCUUUUGCAGAAUUGAAGGUGAAAGAACUAAAAAAUGGUAGGUUAGCCAUGUUCUCCAUGUUUGGUUUCUUUGUUCAAGCUAUUGUUACUGGAAAGGGACCUUUGGAGAACCUUGCAGACCACCUUGCUGACCCAGUCAACAACAAUGCUUGGGCCUUUGCCACAAACUUUGUCCCUGGAAAGUAAGGAAAAGAUACACCAAAACAGAAUCUCAUUUGUCAUUUGGUAAAAUGUAUGUCUUAAUUGUGCCUUUGCAAAGAAUGUGAAUUAUAAAUAUAUGUUUGGUCUAUUUAGAUUUC